AACGAGAAGUGGCUCUCCGCGAUUGAACGGGCUCAGUCCCAACUCGAACCCAACGCAGUCAAGGUCUAGUCAACCGUUUCGUACCGUUUUUCGAUUAAUGCUUGGCGAUCGUUACUGAGCGGCGGUGUGGACACGUUUCGCAAGUUCAAGUGCUCGGACGGAAUACAAAUAUUGCAGUUGAGUGUGCAAUCGAAAACAAAAAUUAGGGCAAACGAUGUCUCGCGUUUCGUACGAAGAAUUCCUGGCGCAGCGUGCAGAGUUCGUUGGCCAGGAGGAAAGCCGUGCCCUCGGCUCUGAUGUGGUGCUUAACGAAGAUGAACAGAAGGUCAACGAGUAUCUGAUGACACUGAAGAGGGCCGAAUUGGAAGAGGGAUUCAAGUCUCCAAUCAAGUUUGCCCCAUCCCGUCACUUCUUCACGGUUCUGGAUCAAAUCAAGAACUCGCCGCUUUUCCAGUUGAUUCAGAAGAUGCCCAAGGGUGGUAUUCUACAUGCCCACGAUACUGCCAUUGGAAGCAUGGAAACUGUUAUAAAAGCCACCUACCAGAAGUUCCUUUGGCAGAACGGAGAAUUUGGACGACCCAACCCUCCGCAUUUCAAAUUCUCCAAAACUCAACCAGAAACGCUGGAAGGCGUCGAGUGGCGAUCGGUUGCCGAUGUGCGAAAAGAGCUGGGCAAUGAAGGGUUUGACCAGAAUCUUAGAGAGCUUCUGUCACUGUUCGUACCCGAUCCAGAAGUGGUGUACCCUUGCAUAAACCACGCUUGGGGAAGGUUCUUCAGCAUGUUCAUUUCCCUGGAGCCAAUCGUAACCUUCAGACCCGUUUGGGAGGAAUACUUUACCAAUACGCUGAAAGAACUACAUGCAGACAAUGUCACAUAUCUUGAAUUCCGAGGAGUUCUUCCCCCAGUGUACGAUCUGGAGGGAAAAGUCUAUUCCCCCGAAGAAAUAGUCCAAAUCUAUUACGACCUUUCGGAAAAGUUCAAGCAACAACAUCCCGACUUCGUGGGGGUGAAAUUCAUCUACGCUCCGAUCCGUGCUGCCGAUGACGCUACCGUCGAUGGAUACCUAAGGGAAGCGGAAAACUUGCACAAGAAGUUCCCCACCUUUGUGGCUGGAUUCGAUCUGGUCGGACAGGAGGACUUGGGCCGACCGCUGACGGAUUUCAACGAGCGGCUGCUGAAGAUGAGCCCCACCAUUCAGUUCUUCUUGCAUGCGGGAGAAACCAACUGGAACGGAUUGUCCACCGAUGAAAAUCUGAUUGACGCCGUCCUGCUCGGAGCGAAACGCAUUGGCCACGGAUUCGCCGCCGUCAAGCAUCCCCGGGUGUUGGAGGAGCUGAAGAAACGCAACAUCUGUAUCGAGCUGAACCCUGUUUCCAAUCAGGUCUUGAAGCUGGUGGAUGACUGCCGGAACCACGUGGGCGCCAUUUACUUCUCGGAUAACUAUCCGGUUGUGGUAUCGUCGGAUGAUCCCGCUUUCUGGUGUGCCUCGCCGUUGUCGCACGAUUUCUACGUUGCCUUCCUGGGGUUGGCUUCGGCUCGACAGGAUCUUCGUUUGUUGAAAAAGCUCGCAUUGAACUCGAUCGAGUACAGCGGAAUGACCAAGGCGGAGAAGGUGGAAGCCAAGCACAAGUGGAACAUUGCCUGGAAUCACUUCAUCGAUCAGACGCUCCAGACAAUUUCCCAGUGAACGAGAUGACAUCUUUACAGUUCAGUAUUCUUGUGCCAUUGUGAAUUCAUCCGUCAGCAUGUGGGAUGGGGGAUAUCAGAUUGGGCAUCACUCUGCCACGUGAAACCCAAAUUCAAUGUUAUCUCGAGCCGUAUCAUCUCCUAUGAGUGCUGUUAUCAAGGGGGACAAUAAAAUUUGGAAUUGCCUUGGCAGUGAA